CUUUCGUGACCGGAAGUUCCUUUGUUGUGUGGAAAUCCGGAAGUAGGAGGAAGGAUUUGGGUGGCGAGAUGGGUUGCGAUGGGGGUACCAUCCCGAAGAGGCACGAAUUGGUGAAGGGACCGCGCAAAAUUGAGAAGGUUGACAAAAAUGCAGAAUUGGUGGCGCAGUGGUACUAUUGCACAUUAAGUCAAGAAAAACUAAUCAGGCCUAUAGUGGCUUCUGAGCUUGGCAGGUUAUAUAACAAAGAUGCAAUCAUUGAAUUUUUGCUCGAUAAAUCUUCUGAUAAAGUCCUUGUGGAGGCUGCAUCCCACAUCAAGAGUAUUAAGAAUGUAAUUGAAUUGAAUCUCACAGACAAUCCAGCUUGGACUGGUGACAAGGGGAAUACAAAAGGGGACAAAUAUGAUGACAUCCAUAGUGCCCGUUUUAUUUGCCCUGUAGUUGGGUUGGAAAUGAACGGAAGGCAUCGGUUUUGCUUUCUUCGGAACUGUGGAUGUGUAUUCUCUGAACAUGCUCUCAGAGAAAUUAAAACUGAAGUGUGUCACAAGUGCGGAACUUCUUUUCAAGAAGAUGACGUGAUUGUACUUAAUGGCACUAAAGAAGAUGUAGCAGUGCUGAAGAAAAGAAUGGAAGAGAGAAGGAUGAAGAGUAAAUUGGUAAAGAAGUCCAAGAAAUCUAAAGCAACAGAGACAACUGUGACAUCUGAUGCUGUUGAAGCUUCAGCCAAACCAUCUCAAGCAAAUGAUGGAAAGGAUGCUACAGUCAUUAAAUCUGGAGAAAAGAGAAGCAUCACUUUCUGCAAGGGCACAGUCAACGAAAGCAUGUCAUCGUCAUCUGGAAACGACAACAGAAAUGCAGCUGGAACUUCCAAGCGAUCCACUGCAAGCAGAGAAGAGAAAUCAGAAGCAUACAAGUCUAUUUUUACUUCCCACAGUUCAGCCAAGCGCUCCAAGGAAGAGUCUUCCAACUGGAUUACACAUACAGCAUAUUAUUUCUGAAAUGGGAAAAAGUGUGAUAUCUAGGUCUUUUCCAGCUUGCUUUUUCCCCCAUUUUGUUAUCUGGUAGUUGUGGCUUUGCAAAUAAUCUAAAACACAUUAGCUUCAUGUUGUAUAAUAGGUAAUGAAAGUAGAUGCUGAAACUGGCUUUUGAUUUUAAAAGGGACAUGAUUUGAACAAGUACUGAUCAUUAGGAUCAGUGCUUGUUGCCCUUUUUCACAAGUGAUGAACUCUGAUCUUACUCAGUUUGAAUAACUGGGAUGUAUACUGUCUUGAUUGUAAAUUACUAGUUCUCUCAACGGCAGCUGUCAGGCCACCCGGGCAGUGUCAUAUACUGGGCAAGCAUCACAUUUACCCUUAGCUCUGCAUCAGUGGGAAUUUCAAUCUAGUAAGAAAAAGGUAUUUCUAUAUAAUAACAUGAGAGAUCAGCAUUAUAACCUCCCUAUCUAUUACUCUUAGAUUUGUUAUAUCAGGUGAGUCAAGGUGCAGCCGGGGAUUAACAAAAGACAUUCCAUACUCCCCUUUCCCAAAUGUUUGUCUUUAGCACAUCCCAGUUCUAAACCAAAAGUGGUAAUAAAAUGCUAAAGACGUCUGUGUGGUGUCAACUAUUCAGCAGCUUUAGGGGGUCUGCCUUGGUUUGCCCUCCUAGAGCUCUUCUGAGUUCAUAGAAGUGAUGUUGCUGAAAUAUUUCGUUUAAACCUCCGCUCUUGCAUUUUGACAGUAAAACAAGACAGGGUCUUUUGUCAUUUUCUGGAUCCUUCUACUUGCAAAUAAAAACCAUAAUUUAACUUUG